AUGAUGGGAGCGCUGCCACUCGCGAAGAAGAACAGAGUCACUAAUAUUCCAAAAACUUUUACUCUCGUGAAGCAACCGUGGCGGGAUAGUCUAAUCGUCACUAUCGAAGGAUAUUACCAUAUUGUUGCUGUCAUCAACAAUCUGCACACAGCGGAAUCCGCGGAAGUCAUGGAUCCCGCUGAUUGCGCUGCAAAUUUGCUAUCACUGCGAAGGAGGAGUUUGAAUCUUGGCUUGCUGAACGAGGACUGCUCUGGAAGAAUCCUCCAUGCUCGAACUGCGGAAAUCCGAGGAAGGUCACGAAGCAGCAGUUCUAGUGGCGAAGAUGGGAAAUGGAAGUACGAGUGCAACCUUCGCUCGUGUCGACAACCUGGAGUAGACAUGAAAGUGGGUUACCUGAAGGGUUCAUUUUUUGAGUCCCUCCAUGCCGAAGGAAGAUUUUUUGGCGAGCUAACUGUUCGCUUACGAUCUUGGCACGACGAAGGAAAUGGCUCGAACUCUCGAGGUGGAGGAGAGGACGAUCCAGCAAUGGAGUCCAGUGGUUUCGAGAUGUGCUCGCCCAGUUCUACACGGACAACGUCGCACAGGUCGACGAAACCAACAUCGUACGUCGUAAGUACCACGCUGGCCGUGUCGUGCGCAGAGAUUGGGUCGUCGGGGGAAUCCAAGACGAGACGAAGCUGUUCUUCGUCGAAAUCGUCGGCAGACACAAAGCCGCUACUCUGGAACGAAUUAUCCAGCAGUAUAAUGAGGAGUUUGAAUCUUGGCUUGCUGAACGAGGACUGCUCUGGAAGAAUCCUCCAUGCUCGAACUGCGGAAAUCCGAGGAAGGUCACGAAGCAGCAGUUCUAGUGGCGAAGAUGGGAAAUGGAAGUACGAGUGCAACCUUCGCUCGUGUCGACAACCUGGAGUAGACAUGAAAGUGGGUUACCUGAAGGGUUCAUUUUUUGAGUCCCUCCAUGCCGAAGGAAGAUUUUUUGGCGAGCUAACUGUUCGCUUACGAUCUUGGGCACGUCGAAGGAAAUGGCUCGAACGCUCGAGAGGAUUGGGUCGUCGGGGGAAUCCAAGACGAGAACGAAGCUGUUCUUCGUCGAAAUCGUCGGCAGACACGAAAGCCGCUACUCUGGAACGAAUUAUCCAGCAGUAUAAUGUUCCUGGAGGAACCAUUCGUACCGAUAUGUGGAGAGGUUACAAUAACCUCUCCAAUCUCUGGUUACAUCCACGAGACGGUCAACCACAGCUCCAACUUCGUCAUCCGGCGACAGGAGUCCACACUCAGCGUAUUGAGGGCUUG